CAUAAUUCAGAGAGGCAAACAAAAAGCCUCUGGUCGCGUCUUAAUAUCAUUAAGUCAUAAAUAACAAUAAUUAUCUUGAGGGAUUUUUGAAACGUAGUUGUUAUAUUCAUGUGCACUUCAAAUUCACUGUUUCACAUGCUCAGCGUAAAUGUAUUGAGCUGUUGUAAGGAUGUGUUCUCAUAGAGAUCCACGAGGAGCAUGUCACUGAUCCUGUUUGCCUUUGUUGUCCGGGUCAGGGAUGGACUCCCUCUCUCCGCCUCCACUGAUUUCCUGCAUAAUAAGGAACUUCAGGAGAGAAAGCAACAGCUGAAAGUGAUCUCAAAAUCCCUAAGUUCAUUACCAGAGAGAGGGACAGUCAAGGGCCAUGAGCUCAACAUUCACUUCCUCUCAGCCGAGGGUGUGUCCUACAUGACCGUAUGUGCAUGCAGUCUCCCUGCUGCCACGGCCUUCUGCUUCUUGGAAGACUUGCGCUGGGAAUUCACAGCAUGCUUUGACAACUCUGCAGUGGCCCUGGCAAGGAGGCCGUACCCCUUUCUUGAGUUUGAUAGUGCCAUUCAAAAACUUCAGCAGCAUUAUAAUCAGAAAGGGGGUCCAUCUCUGGAGGUCACCCUGGCCGAAGUACAGGAAGACCUCAGAACCAGCCCCCCUCAGGUUCUCACCAUAGAGGACAUGUUACUCACCAAUGGAGCAGCCAAUGGGCAUGUAGAACAAACAGCUGCAUCAGGUCAAGGUCAGAGAUUGGAACCAGUCUCAGCACCAGGGAUCCUCUCACUGGUUCUUAACAUCAUGUGUGCUGCCCUCAACCUUAUACGUGGUGUCCAUCUUAUUGAAUACACCUUCCAGGAUGAUUAUGAUGGUUUGUGGAAUGUGGUGGCAUUUCUUUUGGCAUUUCUUUGCUGUGUUUGCCAGUGUCAUCUGUACUUGUUCCAUACCUGCCAGAAGAAGCUGAAAUCCUUUACUCUCCUGACUCUCAUCAUCUUAUGCAAUGCUUUUCUCUAUGUGACAGUACAUGACUUUUUACACUCCACUGGAAACAGAAACCACAAUCCAGAACUACCUUUACGUGGCACUGACCCAGUUCGAGUCGCUUUCCGGGACUUCACAGGCCGUGAUCUGGCUGCAAGUCCAUCUCAAUGA